UUGGACCAGCACACCUUAUCCUCUCGCCUCAUGGUCCCACACCUCUCCACUCGCAAGAGCGGCGGUGGUGGAGCCUUUCCCCCGCAUCGACGGCGGCCACGCGCCAAGGAGCUCCGCCCCCCACCCCACCCCACAUCGACGGCGGUCCCCGCUUCGACGGCUGCAACCUCCCGCGGCGGCCUCACAUGGAGGAGUGCGGCCACGGGACGUGGGAGCUCCGCUGCCCCGCGACGGUCUCGGAUGGAGGAGUGCGCACACGCGACGAGCUCUGCUACUCCGGCGACGGCCUCACAUGGAGGAGUUCGGCAGGUCCCGCGGCAUGCGUUGGUGGUUGCUGUGCGGGUCCCGCGGCGCCUGCGCUACUCCAUCAUCGGAAGGGCCUGCUCUUCUUCCGCCGCCGCCACGGUCCCUCUCGACGGAACUGGGCGGCGGGUGCUCGCGGCGACCAGCGGGGCUCCCCUUCGUCUCCAUGCGCGGCAGUGGCGCUCUCCCUUCAUCUUCGUGCGUGGCGGCAGCGGCGGCGGUGUGCGUGCGCACAGCAGAAGGAUGGUGCCGCGAGCAGUUUUGGCGGCGGGUUCGAUUCCGGCGAGGACAAGGAGGCCGCCACGCAUGGGGCUGCGCGGUCCGACGACGCUUCUACUACGCGAGCGAUUUGGGCUCGGCUCCACCCCCUGCAGCGGCCGGUGCUCCCGACGACUAUCGCCUCCUGCCGUGAGCCCGAGCUGCCGCUGCUACCGCCGCGCUCUUACUGCUGCUCGUCGCCACGCCAGGCCAACCUCCUCCCACUCCUCCCGCUGGCGCCACUGCCCUCCAUGCGUUGUUGCUGACUGAUGUGUGCUAGUAGUUAACUCCUGGAGAUGAUAGGGGUAUGGAACGACGUGCAUUGGUCAGUAGAGAUUCCCCUGGCUUCCUCCUAGCUUUGCUUUUUCUGUAGCAACUUCAUCAUGUGAGAGGAAGCCAGGGGAUCACAAAGUUAUGUAGUGAAAUUGCCAUGAAAAUUUGUUACCAUGGGCAUAAUUUGUUA